CUCUGACCUUUUUUCAAACAAUUCACUACGUUGCUUCUCCGGUAGUACUUGACUUCUCAGCUCCUCCAACAUCGGCUAUUUCUUCCUUCUGUCCCUGCAAAUGGCUCAAGCAGAAGAAUGUGCAGGGGAAUGGCGAUCGCAAAGGCUGGAUCACCUUCUCUAAGGUCUUGAAGGCCGAGAGGCAGGAGAUUGCCGGAAUGAAACCACUACAUCCACCAGCUCCACUAACGUUCGAUGCCAAGGCUUUAUCGAUACCGUUUUUUACUUUCACAAUCGACAACUCUGAUCCGUCUCAAACUCUCAAUUACUCUAGCUGCCAGAUGAAGCUCGAACCUCACACUUCUGAAGAAUAAAAAUCUAGGUCAACAAAUCUCAAUUCUGCCAGAUCAUGGGUUGACAUUCUACUAUUCCUUAUACCUUAUCUUCACAAAAUCACAAAGCCGCUCAAGCUUCUUCUUCAAGUGAGAAGAGCCUAAGUGAGAUACUUCCUUAGUUGAUUAUGACUAUUUUGAUAUCAAUAUAAGCAAUUUCCAGUAAAACAUUAAUCAUUUUGAUGAUAUUGAAGGUUAUGUGUCAUUUGAAUGUAUACCAAACUGUUUUCCCAAAAUAUCCUUAUUUUAUGGUAAAUUUACACAAUUUAUCCCUAAAGCUAAGUCUUGAAAACCCGCCAAUUCUGUAUUUUAGCCUAUACUAUCACCAACCAACAAUAUGGUAAAUCGAUGAUGUGGCUGCGAUGUGGAUCUAAUUAUUUUCUUUUUGAGUCUAAAUAUUACUUUAUUUCAAUUUAUUUAAAUGUAAAUAUUAUUUUAAAUUUAUAUGUUACCUCCUCUCGCCUUCCCACUACUAGAAAAAAAGGAUAAUGACACGAAAUUUGGCACGGGAGACUUCUUAAGCAAACCCUACCAAACAAUUUUGACACGGACUUGGAACAACAAUCCUCUCUGUGCUGCCUUCCAAAUGUUUGGAACACCAUCUUAGUUCUGUGACAACAUUUUGGCAUGACAUUUGACACCGCUGAGUCCUUUGUAACAACUUUAAUGGGGCACAAUUAAAUUUUGCAGUUAUUUUUGGCACGACUGGUAAUAUGUCAAAUUUGAUUGCGUAUUUGAAUGUUGGCACGCAAUUUCCCAGCCUACGGACUUCAUCACUUCAUCAAAAGGGAAAAGGUCUGCCGCUCUGCCUCUAAACGACGCACAGCUCCACCGCCCCACUGCUCCAACCCGAUGCACCGCUCCGCCACUCCAAGAUGGCACACCUCACAGACGCUCUGCCGCUCCUAGGCUAUAGAAUCGCCGCUCCCAGAUCGACUAUAGGAAUCGCCGCUUCGCCACUUCUAGAUGACACACCUAUUCAUCGCUCUUGACGCCGCAUACACUCCGCCGCUCCUACAACAGGUCUCGUGCACUCCACUGCUCCUCCAUUGUUUUCUACAGCUCGUUAAUUUGCUCGAUCUCCACCGCAAAAAACAUUUGUUCCAUCCCAUCUCGGUAAAAAUGCUUUUUUCCAAACUAAAUAUUCAUUUAUUGUUUCUUUUGGUGUUCGAUUUAUGUAUAUCUUUUGCUCAGUAAUACAAUUUUAUUUAAUUGUGAUUAAGCAAGAAGAAUUUCAAUUAUGUUUUUUUAUAUUUCUAGUGUGUACUAACUGUUUGUAAAAAAAGUCUCAAUAGCAUUUUCAAAUGAGUGUGCUUACACAAGUGUGAUGUUGUAUAGAAAAAAUGUUACUUUUCCCUUCUAUCUAUUUUGAUGUUGAUGAACUCUUAAUUGAUCAAGUGUCUUAAUUUUGCUAAAUGCUUUCAAUCAUCUAAGAUAUUUUUAAUAAGUAAACUGACGUGGAGUUUAAAAUUGAAAGUAAAACUAUCAUUUCUUUUCAUUUCAACCAACAAAGAACCCCCCUCACUAUGUUUUCUUAAUCAACCCAUUUAGUCAACUGAGGUCUCUUUCAGUAUCUUGAGUUUAACAAAUUAUGUGUCUCAAUCAGGAAUGAGAAUUUACAGAAUAUUUUUAUUUUCAUUAAAUAUGAGCAAAUUCGAUAAGCUGAGCCAAGUAACCUCUUACAAUAUAAGCUUAAAGUAGGUGUGUGCUUGUUCAGUGUAUUACAUGGAAUCUAGGAGACUGAUAAGAACAGUCAUGCAACAAAACUGGUGCAAAUUAUCAAGCAGUGUAGAGAAUAUUUGCAAAUGUAAGAAACUCAUUUGCUUACAUCUUCAUGAUCUUUCUGGUGGUUGGAAUGUUUUCUCAAGUACCGUACCGAAUAUUUCUUACCUCAGGUAAGUUUUUCUGGGCUAUUUUUCUGUAAUAGUGCAGAAAUUUUUAUUCUUACAUGUUUUCUCACUAUUUUUCAAGUAACCUUCUCGAUAUUUUUUCUUAACUCAGGUAAGUUCUUUCUGGGUAUCAUACCGUACCGAAUUUUUCGGUAUACCGAAAAGUUCGGUAAAAUCGGUAUUUUUCAGUACGGUAUGGUCAGUAUAACGAAAUUUCCGUAUAUUUUCCCACCUCUACCUAUACGUGUUCUAGAUGGGGCUAUCCCUUCCUGGAGCUGGAUUCGACUUGUGAGGAAGUAUGUUGCUUCAGAAACUGUUUGGUGCAUGAAACUAAUAAUUGGCAUCACUUUUGUCUUCCAGGUUUUGAUGAAGUUUUUGACUUCUGACAUAGAAUCUGUCUAUAACCAGAUAUAGUCGAUUGACAUGUUAUUUCAAUUAUGUUAGUCUUUCAAUUCUUAUAACAUCUCGAUCUGUCUCACAUGCACAAAAAGGUUUCUAGACUGUGCUUGGGCAUAUUCUUAAGGACAUAAUGCCUUUAAGUGGUAUAUAAUUGCUUAUGCUUCAUUUAAAAGCGUUUGUAGUGUUUUCAAGAUUAACAGAGCACUUUUAAUGCUUACUUAAGAAAACAUCAGGAUUGUGCGUCAUCCAAGAAGCACUUAAGGUGCUCAAACGAGAAAGUACUGAUGAUAAAUCACUUGUAUCUAAGUUAUCCUAAAUGGGCCCAGACUCCUAGUCCAUUGUGAUUACUGAUUGAGCAAUUUUUCAUAUUUAAUGGGAUGGCCACUCAACCAUAAUGUAUCACAUCAGGGAUUUUCUUCUUCUUGAAACUAGGACCUGUAGAACUCUACUAUGGUCUUUUUCUUUUUAUAUUCAUGUGGUGAUGUUUGUGAUAUUCUUUGUAUUAGGAAGCUAACAUGAUGGUGAGAGCUCCAAAGAAGAGAAUGGUGGAAGAUCUAGAAGCACUGCUUAAUGCAUCGAACCCAAGUUUGACUCCCUAGAACGACUACCGGAGUACUACCUUGUCUUUAACUUCAAUGCUGUGCCAAACAAUUGAAAGAUAUUGAGUUCAAGUGGGUAUGAAUGUUUAUACCCGUAUCAAGAGGAGACAUAUAAUUGGAGAAGAAGCUGAACCUAUAGGAAAGAAGGCUGCUCACACAUUGGGCCCGGGCAUUGGAAUUACAGUAUGCAUUGGGAAACUUCUAGAAGAAAGAAAGGCUAGAAACACCUUUGAUUUUGUUUCCAAAAAUUGAAGGCUUUUGCAGAGUUCCAAGCUAAAGGAAAAGAGGUUUCCUGGGGAAAUUGAGUUGCAAGAUCUGAUUGGCAAAAAAUUGCAAAAGAAUUGCAAGAGGGGUGAUAGAUGAUCUCCGUAGAGUUGCAUACUCUUUUACUUUCACUAGUUUUCAAAGAAAAAGUUGUUUGCGUAUAUAGAUUUUGAUGUUGUUUUUUGAACUUUUGUAAACAAUGUAAAUCUCUGUAAAUUCACAAGCUUAACACCGUUAACAGCAAG